AUGAAACUACUACUGUAUCUUCUACUCCUCCAUAUCAACACCGUAGUCACUUUGGAAUUGAUCGUGUUUGAAGGGGUUGAAAACGAAAGUGUUAGAAAUGCAUCAUAUUUUGUUCUGGUUUUGGACACGAGGAGAAAGGUGCGAAAGGUCAGGACCAUUGUGAAGUCAACAGAGAAACUAAAACAAAUCACAUGUCACUCAAGAUAUCACCUUUUCCGCAUUCAAGAAAACACCAAUUGUUUAUUUUACACUAUCACACUAUCACAAAACAAGAAUGUAGCCACCAAUUGGGAAUGUCAAACCGCAAGAUUCGGGAUGAGCAGAUUUCGGCGUCUUCGAGUUUCGACUUGCAAAGUACUGGACCACAGCAUGCUCGGGCUCAUCAAGAAUCUGGAAGUGGCGCCUGGUGUCCAAAGAAUCAAAUCAACUCCCUUAGUAAGGAAUGGCUUCAAAUCUCCUUCUCCGUUGAUACCGGUACCUUCAAAAAAUCGUAAAGAACUAUUAAAUGUUGAAAUUUUUGCAGUCAUUACUUCUGUGGAGACUCAGGGACGUUAUGACGACGGUCGAGGACAGGAGUACGCUACCGCAUUCAAAAUUCAGUAUUGGCGACCUUCAUUAAAUGCCUGGGCAUCCUAUAAAGACGAUUUCGAGCUAGAGACAAUCCCUGCAAACAACAACACUGGAAAUGCAGUCAGACGAGUUUUGGAUAGAGCCAUCAUUGCCAGACGCAUACGAAUUGUCCCUAUAUCCAACUCGACUAGAACUGUCUGCAUGCGAGUAGAAGUCUACGGAUGCCCAUUUGAUGAUAGUGUGAUUUCAUACGGCAUUGAACAGGGCGACUUGCAGUCGGGCAUUUCUUAUCACGACUUUUCAUACGAUGGCAAUCUCGCCGACUCGCCACACCUAACCGGCGGAAUUGGCAAGUUGUACGAUAAUGAGGUGGGAGAAAAGGAUGUUUUUGUUAACCAUCACAAAUGGGUUGGAUGGAGAAGAAAGCGAAGCGGUAGUGUGAAGAUGUCCUUCGAGUUUGGAGAGUUGAGAAACAUCUCGGGAGUUUUGAUUCAUACUGCAAACGAGUUCAAAAAGAGCGCGAAAGCAUUUUCUUCGGUCAGCAUACUGUUCUCCAAUGAUGGAAAGAAAUACUCGGACAAUAUCGUACACUUCAAUAAUCCAGACGACACGGGGUCCGAGGCUCCUCGUUGGAUUAGAAUUCCAGUUCCCAAUCAGAUUGCCAAAUAUGCAAAGUUUCGAAUCAAUUUCGGAACUGGUUCCGAUUGGCUCUUUGUGUCCGAGGUCAAUUUUGAAUCUAACCACACGAAUAUUGAGCUCUUCCAUGAUGACGUGGUGAUCCCGGAUUCAGUUUCAUAUUUCUCUGUAACCGAGCACGAUGAUGGCACUAGUAUGCUUGGUAAGAGAAUUUUUCGGGGACAAGAAUAUUCAUCAUUAUUUCUUUUUUCAGCAUUCAUCAUCUUCUUCUUCAUGUUCCUCAUUGUUGCUGUCAUCGUUAUCGCAAUUCUCUACCGUAAACGCGAGUAUCGUGUUAAAGCAUCCUCUCCAUCUCCAAAUGCUAAACGUGAAAUUCUUUUGACUAUUGACGGAAACACCAUUAAGCAUCAUGUCUCUCCAUCAACCUACCAAAUGGCUCGCGAUAAUCUUCAGAAUGCGUUGAUUGAGAAGAUGCCAAUGUCGCCGAUUAUAAGCGAUUACGCUGAACCGGACAUUAGCAUUUGCUCCGAUGUUACUGCCAACACCCCAUUGCUCUAUGGUAUUGAUGGACCAUAUGACACACAGAAAAGAAGCAAUCCACUCUCAUCUAUUGUUAAAUAUUCGGACUAUGGAGAGGUCUAUUGCACAACGCUUCCGGAAAUCGCUAGAGACAAGUUGGUCUAUGUGAGCCGAAUCGGAGAGGGAGAGUUUGGCGAAGUAGAUUUAUGUCAGUUGGAGAACCGACGAGUCGCUGUGAAACGACUUCAUGGAAUAAGCCAAGCCGACGAGUUCUCGUUCCAUAGGGAGAUCCGAGUUCUUGGUAGCUUGAAACAUCCAAAUGUGGUUGAAGUUGUUGGAGUUUGCACCAUCCAAAAACCCAUUCUGUGUAUCAUGGAGUACAUGGAGAACGGGGAUCUUAAAUCACAUAUCCUCAAAAAUCCAACUAUAAGCACAUCCCACUGCAUCUCCAUCUGCACCCAACUUGCCGCUGGGUUGGCCUACUUGGAAUCUUGUAAUUUUGUUCAUAGAGAUAUCGCAGCAAGAAAUUGCUUAGUGGAUGGAGAAGGAAAUGUGAAGAUUGCCGAUUUUGGAAUGGCUCGCUCCCUUUACUCACAAGAGUAUUAUAAGGUCGAGGGAAAAUUUGUUCUCCCGAUCCGAUGGAUGGCUUGGGAGGCUUUGCUUCUGGGUAAGUUCUCAACUGCUAGUGAUGUUUGGGCGUUCGGUGUCACUAUGUGGGAGAUUUUCUCGUUGUGUUCCGAGAAACCGUUCUCUGAUAUGUCCGAUGAUGAAGUUGUGGAAAAUCUUCAAAUCAUGAGUUCCACUGGAUCAUUGAAGCAAGUCCUAUCUCGGCCCAGAAUGUGUCCAGCCAAACUGUACACUGAGCAAAUGCUGCCUUGCUGGAACUACGAUAGCACACGACGUCCGACAUUUGAAAAUGUGCAUCUCCAUCUUCAAUCUCUGGUCCACACUUCUCCACACAUUCAUUUUUAG